AUGUCUACUACUACACCACCGAUCGGCUCGUCUACAGGAGAGGUAAGUCUCAGUAGCCAACAACAACAACAACCAGUAGCAGCAUCAGCGCCGAGCCGACCGAAGAAGUCCAAGACUCCUACUGUGUUGGAAUCUCUGGGAAUAGUAGUGGCAAAAGGCUCGAAAAAACGCGUUAAACUAGCAGCAAGUGAAUCUCGACGGGUUCGGGCACGGACUAAGGUGAGAAGUGUUGAGGAAGAAAAUAGAAUAGCAGUGUUGCGAGAAGAAAAAGUCCGACAGAAAGCAGCUGAGGAGCACCCCAUGAACUCUCUAUUCGCCGCAUGUCGCAGCAACGACUCUCUCACUAUUGCCGACCUAAUCGGGCACAAAGAAGUCGACGCCAAUGUGAAGUACCCGCAUCCUAUCGAUGGGUUAGGAGUGGGGGCGGCUCCAAUACAUGUGGCGGCUCAAUACGGGGCUACAGGUGCAGUUACUACGCUACUAGAUGCAGGGGCUGAUAAGGAACAAGUUACGGAUCAAGGGCAAACAGCUCUGCAUGUUGCGGCUAAGCGGGGGCUACCAGCCACUUGCCAACUGCUCAUCACGAAAGGCGCCAACCUGGGCACCAAGGACAGGUUUGGGUGCACGGCCUUGGAUCUGGCCAGGCGGGAAGAGCAUCGAUCCAAUUUUCAUGCAGAAGUGGUGAAGUUGUUGAAGAAGACGAUCGCUCAACGUCACCAGGCUACGACCACUAAUACGGAGUCUACUGGUACAGUAGCGGUAUGCAGGUUUUAUUGA